AUGCUCGCUGCCUCCAUCUUCCGUCCGACUCUGCUGCUUUGCUGGUUUGCUGCCCCCAGGCCUGCCCAGCCCGAGACCCUCUUCCACAGCCGGGACCACUCGGACCUGGAGCCAUCCCCCCUGCGCCAGGCCAAGCCCAUCACCGACCUCUACGCUGCGCAGCGAUUCUUGUCCAGAUACGGCUGGUCGGGGGCACAGGCCGCCUGGGCUCCCGGCCCCGAGGGGCCGCCAGAGGCCACCAGGGGUGCUGCCCUGGCCGAGGCCGUGCGCAGGUUCCAGCGAGUGAACGCGCUGCCGGCCAGCGGGGAGCUGGACGCGGCCACACUGGCGGCCAUGAACAGGCCGCGCUGCGGAGUCCCUGACCUGAGGCUGCUGCCCCCUGCCGCCCCGCCGCCCCCGCAGGGCCCGCACCCCAGGGCCCGCCGCAAGCGCUUCCUGCAAAUGCUGCUGCCCAGGCCAGGCCGGCAGCAGGAGGAGCCCCCGGAUGGAGGGGCCCUCAGGGCCUUCUCCAAAAAGACCCUGAGCUGGAGGCUGGUGGGCGAGGCCUUGAGCAGCCAGCUCUCCGUGGACGAGCAGAGACACAUUUUCAGACUGGCCUUCAGGAUGUGGAGCGAGGUGACACCGCUGGACUUCCGGGAGGAUCUCACCGCCCCUGGGGCCACAGUCGACAUAAAACUGGGUUUUGGGAGAGGCCGGCACCUGGGCUGUCCUUGGGUUUUUGAUGGGAGUGGACAGGAGUUUGCUCAUGCCUGGCGCCUGGGUGACAUUCACUUUGAUGAUGACGAACACUUCACGCCUCCCACCAGUGACAUGGGCAUCAGCCUUCUCAAGGUGGCCGUGCAUGAAAUUGGCCACGUCCUCGGCUUGCCUCACACCUACAGGACAGGAUCCAUAAUGCAACCAAAUUACACGCCCCAGGAGCCUGCGUUUGAGCUGGACUGGUCAGACAGAAAAGCAAUUCAAAGGCUGUACGGUUCAUGUGAAGGAUCAUUUGAUACUGCAUUUGACUGGAUUCGCAAAGAGAGAAACCAAUAUGGAGAAACGAUGGUGAGGUUUAGCACAUAUUUCUUCCGCAAAAGCUGGUACUGGCUUUAUGAAAACCGAAACAACAGGACACGUUAUGGGGACCCUAUCCAAAUCCUCGUCGGCUGGCAUGGAAUCCCAACGCAAAACAUAGAUGCUUUCGUCCACAUCUGGACAUGGAGAAGAGAUGAACGUUAUUUUUUUAAAGGAAAUCAGUACUGGAGAUAUGACUGUGACAAGGAUCAGGCUUAUGCAGAAGAUGAACAAGGAAAAAGCUACCCCAAAUUGAUUUCAGAAGGAUUUCCUGGCAUCCCAAGUCCCCUGGACACAGCCUUUUAUGACCGGAGGCAGCAGUUAAUUUACUUCUUCAAGGAGUCCUUGGUAUUUGCAUUUGAUGUCAACAGAAAUCAAGUACUUAAUUCUUAUCCAAUGAAGAUUACUGAAGUUUUUCCGGCGAUCGUACCACAAAACCACCCUUUCAGAAAUAUAGAUUCAGCUUACUACUCCUACACAUACAACUCCAUUUUCUUUUUCAAAGACAAUGCAUACUGGAAAGUAGUUAAUGACAAGGACAAACAACAGAAUUCUUGGCUUCCUACUAAUGGCUUAUUUCCAAAAAAGCCUAUUUCAGAGAAGUGGUUCGACAUUUGUGAUGUCCACAUCUCCACACUGAACAUGUAAUGAGAAAGAGGAAACGGGAGACAGUCAUAGGAUUUCUCUUCUAAGAGAAAAAAAUCUGAUUUCUUUUACAAAGAAAACAAACCAAGUUUUUAGUAGCUGAAGUGAAUAUAGCUCUCUAGCUAAAAUCCAAUAGAAAAAGCCUUACUUGAAACUUUAGAAGUACUUGAUUUAAAAAUCAAUUGCUCAAGCAAAAAAUAAUUCA